UAUGGUGAUAUGGUGAAAAAGUUUUAUUUAUCUGAGUUUUGGCAAAUGUUACACUAUUUAUCUGAGUUUUGCAAAUGCUAGACAUUAAAGUUUGAAUAAUAUUUUAAUGUUUGUAUUUUUUAGGGCAUUUAUUUAUUAUUUUAUUAUAAAACAGUUUUUGCGGUUGAAUCGCCAGUAAACCAAUGAACUAGUGACUAGAACGAUUCGAUGACCAAUCCGGUUUUCAUAACCUUGUUCUUUUCUGUUUUCUCUGUUUCAGUUUUUAUAAAAUUUCAAAUGUAAAUAAAACUUUUAUGUUAAUUUUGUUUUGCGUUUAUUAUAAAAAUAUAUUAAAUUUAUUAACAAUAUUUAAUAAUUUAAUAUAUUUUUAUAGUAAACCCUGGUGGGAAUAAUUCGAGGGGUUUUGCGACAUUUCAUUUCAAAACCCUUUCACUGCAAAGUCACUGUCAGAGACAGAUGCAAUUGCCUGCUGCGGCGGCGCGUGCGCCCACAUGGUUUUCCACGCGCCGCCUUCUCGAUGAAAAGCUCUCUGACCUUCACCGCUGCUCAAACCUCAACAUCGUGAAGCAAAUCCAAGCUCAAGUCCUCAAGAACGACCUCCACCAAGACCCUUACGUCGCACCGAAACUCGUUGCCGCGUUCUCCCUCUCCCGCCACCUCCCCUCCGCCGUCAACGCAUUCAACCUCGUAACCAACCCCAACGCCCACCUCUACAACACUCUCAUCAGAGCUCAGGCCCAAAACAAGGCUCACCCGUCCAUCGCAUUUGAAACCUUCUUCCAGAUGCAGAGGAACGGUGUUUUUUCAGAUAGCUUCACCUACACGUGUCUGUUGAAAUCUUUUGACGGUUAUAGCUGUUUUCGGAUGGUGCAGAUGAUCCACGCACAUGUGGUGAAGUUUGGGUUUUACGGGAGUGAUAUAUUUGUGCCGAACUCAUUGAUAGAUUCGUAUUGUAAAUGUGGGGGUGCUGGAGUGAAUGCGGCAAUUUGGUUGUUUUUGGAGAUGGAGGAACGGGAUGUGGUGACUUGGAACUCUCUGAUUGGUGGGUUGGUGAGAGGUGGUGAGUUUGAGAAAGCCUGCAAGGUGUUUGAUGAAAUGUCUGAGAGGGAUGUGGUUAGUUGGAACAUCAUGUUGGAUGGGUAUGCUAAGGCUGGGGAGAUGGGGAAGGCGUUUGAGAUGUUUGAGGGAAUGCCCGAGAGGAAUGUUGUGUCAUGGGCGUCGAUGGUUUGGGGUUAUUGUAGAGCCGGGGAUAUGAAUAUGGCGAGGAUGUUGUUCGAUAAGUGUCCUGGGAAGAACUUGGUGAUUUGGACCACUAUGAUAUCUGGGUAUGCUGAGAAGGGGCUUGUUAAUGAGGCAACAAAGUUGUAUGAUAAGAUGGAGGGAGUUGGGAUGAGGAUUGAUGAUGGGUUUCUGAUAAGUAUUUUGGCUGCAUGUGCCGAGUCUGGAAUGGCUGCAUUGGGGAAAAGAAUUCACGCUUCUGUUGAGAGGCGGAGGUUUAGGUGUAGCACUAAGGUGUUGAACGCAUUCAUCGAUAUGUAUGCGAAGUGUGGUUGUGUGGAUGUUGCCCUUGGUGUCUUUAGUAGGAUUGAAAAGAAAGAUUUGGUGUCUUGGAAUUCCAUGAUUCAAGGGUUAGGCAUACAUGGACGUGGUGAGAAAGCACUUGAGCUUUUCACGAGGAUGGUACAUGAGGGUUUUGAACCGGACAAAUAUACGUUCAUUGGUCUUUUAUGUGCUUGCACCCAUGCAGGCCUUGUCAAUGAAGGGCGUAAUUUCUUCUAUUCAAUGGAGAAAGUGCAUGGGAUUGUUCCUCAAGUUGAGCACUAUGGUUGUAUGAUUGAUCUUCUUGGUCGAGGCGGACACCUGGAGGAAGCUUUUCAGCUUGUGCGCAGCAUGCCUAUGGAGCCAAAUGAAAUAGUCUUGGGAACUCUUUUGGGGGCUUGUCGAAUGCAUAAUGAUGUAGAUCUUGCAAAAGCUGUGUGCGAACACUUGUUUGAGUUGGCACCACUGGAUCCUGGAAAUUUCAACCUUUUGUCAAACAUUUAUGCUCAAGCAGGGGAUUGGGUGAAUGUUGCUAGUGUAAGGUGGCAAAUGAAGAACACAGGAAGCCAAAAGCCUUCUGGAGCUAGUUCCAUUGAGGUAGAAGAGGAAGUGCAUGAAUUUACAGCAUUUGAUCAGUCACACCCUAAAUCAGAUGAUAUAUAUAGAAUGAUUGACAGAUUGAUAAAGGACAUUAGGCAGGUUGGAUAUGUUCCAAAGGCUUACGUCAGCCGAAGUGAUGCUUAUAGUUUUAACUUUUAAGAAAUGAAUAUGAUGAUUUAAUUGCAUACGUUGCUGUUGUAUUAAAAGUAAGGAUGUCAUCAUAUACUUCGCAGCUGCAGCUGCAGCUUGUGGUUUAGCAAAACAGAGAAAUUGUAUGCAGGGACCAGCUUGUGCUUACAGUAGCAGCAGCACUGUUUGUAAAGCCAAUGAGAGGGAACAGUUUGUAGUAGUUGUAAAGAAGAAGCUCUUCAAAUAUAAUAUACUGAGUGGCAAUUCCACUCAAUUGCACUUGUUAAUUCGAUUCUUGCUGAGCAUUAUUGAUCGGAUUUGAGACAUUCACUUGAGCAUAAGAUUUGCAGAGUACUCAUGGACUCUGUGAAAUCCUGUUAUAUUCAUGAGUGGAACAACUCAAUUGAAGUGAUUCACUUAAAAGUUUCUUACCCUAGUCCCUGAGUUACAAGCAACUGAAGCUAUUGGAAUUUUCUAGUUUCAACAAAGUUCCUUACAAAUCAGUCACAUGUACGAGGAGCAUCGACUGCUUGUUGCUCAAUCAUGUGGAGAGCUUGCAGAAUUUGUACGGCCUGAGAUUCGGGAUUCUCUUAAUUUAUCUAUUGUGCAGCAAUUCUGCUGUUGUUGUUCGAGAGGCUGCGGCUUGUAAUCUGGCUAUGCUGCUUCCACUUUUCCCAGACAUGGAUAAAUAUUUCAAGGUGGAGGAGUUGAUGUUUCAAUUGGUAUGUGACCCAUCAGGAGUGGUGGUGGAAACUUCUCUCAAGGAAUUGGUUCCAGCAUUGUCCUCCUCUUUCUGGGGUUGAAGGGUCUGCGGAAUCACAUCUCUGUGUCCUGGGUGAAAGAGAGUGCUGGAAUAUAGAUAUUCUUUUAAGAAUGCUGGUGGAAUUGCUUCCUUGGGUAGACCAGAAAGUGAUAGAAACAUGCCCCUUUUCGCACACCACUGAAACUACACAAGCUAUGGUAUCUACCUCAUUGCUCGAAAUGUAUGCCAGGGGGACAGUUGAAUGGGAUGCAUUUGAAUGGAAGCAUGUUGAAUGCUUUCCUAAUUUGAUAAAGCUGGCUUGCAUGUUACCACAGAAAGAAGAUAAUCUUCGGAGCCAAAUUUCAAAGGUUUGAGACCAAGUUCUGCUGUUGUUGAUAGGCUCUCUACGAUGUGUGUCUUACCACUUUUGUUGGCUGGUGUUAUGGGUACUCCUGGAAAACGAACUGUUAGCAGAAUAUUUGAGGAAGCUGCUACUAGAAGAAAACCAUAUGGAAAAUCCACCAACAAAGCACUCUCCUGAGAUUAUCAAUGCUAUCCGUUUCAUCUGCAUAUACAAAGAAAACCAUGGUUUGAUAUUUACUAUACUGUGGGAAAUGGUUGUCAGCACUAAUGUAAACAUGAAAAUAAAUGCCGCCAAACUGCUUAAAGCUAUUGUCCCGUAUAUUGAUGCAAAGGUUGCUUCAACUCAUGUUUUGCCUGCCCUAAUUACUCUUGGAUCUGAUCAAAACCUGAAUGUGAAGUAUGCAAGUAUAGAUGCAUUUGGUGCUGUGGCUCAACACUUAAAAAUGACAUGAUUGUUGACAAAAUACGGGUUCAAAUGGAUGCUUUUCUUGAGGAUGGCUCCCAUGAAGCUACUAUUGCUGUUAUUCGUGCAUUGGUGGUGGCAGUGGCACAUACAACAGAAAGACUUAGCGUUAGCCCAAGUUAUGUAAAUAAUUAUUAGGCAAGUCAUUAAAAUUUGAAAAUCAAGGGCAAAGCGGGCGAAGAAAGUUGAAUUUGAUUUGAUUUUUCGUGCAACACACACAAAACGCAAACGCAAAAACGAAGGGCUGUAUUUGUGAGAGGCAACAAUGGAGGUAGAGGAUGACUGGGACAUGACCGUGGAAGAACUCGAUUCUCUUGAACGCAAUGCUUUCCAGAAAAUUGCUUGACUUUGCGACUCUUCUACCACCUCCUUCUUCUCAACAAUUCAAUGUGCACCAACAGCAACAGCACCAUUUUCCAAAACCACCUUCUGCCAACCCUUCCCACCAAACCCCAUUUCCGAUUCCCGUCCUCAAAGGAAAACAAAAUAAUGCAGAAGAAUCAAAAGACGUUUGCUACUACAGUCUUAGUAUUCUUCCCUGUACCCUGUGGUUCAGUUUCUGGAAGGAGAACUACUCUUAGUGUGUUUGUAUUGUAAUCCAGGUGGACGCUUUGCCUCAAGGAAAAAAAUGAGCCUUCUAAAGAACUGCCGAAGUUUUCUGUCAAACUUUUUCUCCAUUCCAGUGGGCAUGUUGCAGCGAAAUUCCAAUAUGACCUGGUUUCACAUGCUAACUUCAUCAAGAGUAUUGAAUUAUAUUUCUAUUGAAAAAUUUGAAUUUUCCAUAAUUAGGGGCUAUGCCAUUGACCUUGAACAAGUUCCUGUAUACUCAUGCUUUAUAGGCUAUGUUUCAUGGCAGGUAAUAAUUUCUGCUUUUCGGAGAAUUCCAAGAGCUACUUGGAAUGCAAAAGAAAGGUCUCUCUCUCUUCCAGCAAUAAGUGUGUGUUCAUCCUAGCAUGGUUUUCUGGAUUGGCUGUUUUCAGGGCUUAGUUAUUUGAAAGAUUUUUGAGUUUGCAGGUUAUGGAUGUUCCGCUUUCUUCCUUGUAAGAAGCAGAGAAGGUUCUAGGAGAAAUCUAAUUAUAAAGUUCAGAUUAUCAAAAUAGUGUUCAAAGCAGAGAACUCUUGAACAGUUUGUCAGAAGAUGUGAUAAAGUGGAUAGGUUGGAACAUCAGCCUGACCCAAAACGACCCCGUCAGUCAUGACUUGCGAGAAGGGCAAGAUGGAUUGGAAAGUGAAUCCAUUUCGCACAUACGAUACCGGUGGCAGGUGAAUCGGAACUUAAAUCUUUAUGUCUUCAUGCAGAAGUUUUCCUGUAGUAUUAACCAUAGGUACAUGGGGAAUUACACCUUUGAUGACACAAAUGCCUUUUGAAGUUAAAAUCCAUUGUACAACAAAUAACAGAUUAUGAGUACAACUUACAACACUAAACUAUGUUGCUGGUGCUGGAGAAUGGAGAUAAUGGUUUGGUUGGGAGAAAAUGUUGAUCAAGUCUCCCAUUAGAUUUUAGGUUCCACUUGUUCUUAACUUUUUGCUCCCCUAGUUAAUGUAUGGGGCUUUGUACAGAGUAGUAUAUUAUCAUAUAUGAAUUACACGUGUAAAGAAUUUCUUUACACCAUAUAAAUUUUAAUCUAUAUGCAUGCAUGUAUCAUUUUAUUUUUA